AUGGUCAUAUUCGGCGUACUCCAAGAAGACUGGAUGGAAGGGCCUGGCGCUGACGUUCCUUUCGACUUGGAAGGUGGACGAAGAAGUUCGAGAAUGCUCGGCGAGAGGCCUCCUGUACCAAGCAUAAGCCUGCCUUCACCGACCAACCCCUCCUUCUCCUCAAUUGACUAUGACCAAGCUCAAUUACGAAGCUCGAGCCAAGGGCCAAGCAUGAGGUCGAAUCGAAUCAAGAGUCCCGUCCCGUCCCCGGCACUCGGCCGCUCUGCGCUAUCGAGGAUCUUUGCCGCCCACGAUCUUCUGGAAAGCCUGCAUCUCAUGGUUCGCUGGAACUUGGAACGGGGGCGGCCAUCAGCCCGUCACGGCAGGUCUUGGUGGAGCUGGGUCGGGUCUGAUUGGUGGAACCGCCGACCAGGCCGUUGGGCUGAGAUGGAAACUCGGAGUCGGAGAGAGAUGGCGUUGGGCUACGCCGCCAGACAGCUGCUGAGCUGCGUCUGCUCGUACAGACGGUACACUGGGCCACUGGCUACCAUGCAUCUGCGAUCGUGA